AUGGGGACGGUGUCUUCGUCCCUGUCUCAUACUAUUCAGCAGGCGUUGACUCAACCCCUGGCCCCUUCUAUGAUGCCCAACCCCCAGCCUGCGCUACAGCCUCAGGCGAGUCGCAAGGUGCAUGCUGAAACGAAACACAUCUCUCCCAAUGUGACACAUGUGUUACCUGCCCUGACUGACAUGCCUAUGGCCGUCCAAGAUCGCGCGUUACUGCGCAAGAGAGCCGCUGGCCGGGCAAAAUCGGCCAGAAAGUGGAAAAGGGCGCGUGCCCAUGUUAACGAAGGAUCAGAUUCCGAUCUGAGUGGGGAGACGGAUUCGGACGCCCCUGAUUACGCCUCUUAUGAGGAAGGGGGCUCCGACGCUGAGGCAGGGUCUGAUGCUUCGGCGCUACCUCCGGGUGGGGGGCAAGGCAUAUGUGAUCCGCAGGGUUACCCCCUGUUCGAUCCUGAUGACCUACGCCAUCCUCGCUCGGCGGAAUGGGACCCGCCCGAGCACAUAGCUAGCUACCUAGCUCUACGUAUGUGCACUCCUCUGUCCAAGGAAGGGUGCAGCAAAUUACGGGCUGAAUGCCCAAGGCCCUCAGUGCCUGAUGCGGUGUGCAAGACGCCAGAGGUUGACCCCCAAAUUACGCAGUUCCUGGCAAAAACUGUCUGGAAACCCAGAAAGGAACUGGAGUUCUCACUCCACAAUUGCCAGGACAAAAUUUUGGACACCCUGGGUCCCGCUGCCAAGCUUUAUGAACUCUUGGAGGCGGCUAAGGCAGGGGGCAUCCCCCUUAAUUUUGAUGAAGCAAUCGGAUGGGUCCAAAGACUGAUUUGCUGA